AACAAGAACGUCCAAGUGUUUGAUGCAUGCAUCAAAAUCAUGGCUCGCUUGAUCAACAAGGCUUAUUCCCUAGCGCUGCUGCUCUUUUGCUACGUUUUGUCAGGCGCAGCUGAAGCGGCGUACAAUGUCGCCGAUUUCGGAGCAAAGCCUGACGGCCGGACGGACUCGACCGGCGCGUUCGCCAGUGCCUGGUCCGCCGCUUGCCGCCGGUCACAGGCGCCGGCGACCGUGUACUUCUUCCUGCUCAGCCGUGCAGCCUUCUUCACUGGCCCCAUGCUCCAGCAGGAUGAUGCUUCAGGUCACCCGGACCAGCAUCCAGACCGGGGACGACGACUGCGUCUCCGUCGUCGGCCCCGGCACCACCAACCUGCUGCGCGUGGAGCACGUCAGCUGCGCAUAAGCAGCUCGCCUCGGCCUGUUAUCGUCACGGUAGACCAGGCAGGCAGGGGUCAUUACAGAACCAUACAGGAGGCGAUCAACGCUAUUCCUGCCCGCGCAAACAACUCCACCAGCGCGACUAUCGCCAGGAUCAACGUCAAUCCCGGGAUAUACACGGAGAAGGUCGUGGUGAACAAGCCUGGAGUCUCUCUGAUAGGCAGGAGCGCCACCUCGACCAUCAUACAAUGGAGUGGACCCUGGGACAAGAAGCACCAGUCGGAGUUUGCCCUCCAUGUGCUAGCAACUGACUUCGUCGCCGCAAACUUAACAUUCCAGAACCCGUACGGGAGGGAGGGUAAAGGCCCGGCGGUUGCUGCAAAAAUUGAGGGAGACAAAGCAGCUUUCUACGACUGUCGAUUCAUAUCAUUUCAGGAUACCCUUCUCGAUGCAACGGGGCGGCACUAUUACCGUGGAUGCUAUAUACAAGGCGCCACCGAUUUUAUAUUUGGCACAGGAAAGGCUUUUUUUGAGAGGUGCCACCUGCACUCCACCUCGCACGUCGGCGGAGCCUUCACGGCGCAGCGGCGGUGCACGGAAUCAGAGAACACCGGUUUCAGUUUUUACAGGUGCGAGUUGACCGGCACCGGGGUCGCCACGGCUAUCCUAGGCCGGCCAUGGGGCCCUUACGCCCGGGUCGUUUUUGCGCAAUGCGACAUGUCUAACGCGGUGGCGCCUAUGGGCUGGAGCAAUUGGGAGGACGAAGCGAAUAACAAUUUCAGUGCUACGGCCAGGGAUCCAGAACACAAGGCCGGGUCAAGUGGGCGCACAACAACCUCUCUCGAAAGGAAGCUGAGCCCUUCCUCACCAAUGCUUGGGUGGAUGGCAAAGAUUGGCUUCGUCCGCCGCAGUAGAAACUUAUUGUGGCACAGUCGUCAUAUAUAAAUAAUCACUUCAUCAGUCAAUUGAACUUCUUAGUAAACCUUUGUGAUCGGUAAAGUUGUAAAGAUACUUUCCCAUCUUUGGUUGGCGUGGACGAGGAUGACAGUCAUUAAUUAAUAAAAAAAAGGAACA